AUGCUUCUCUCUCAGACCCGGGGCCGUCUGCCCUCCCUGCGGACCCUCAAGCGGUCCAUGGCGGUCCGUCCGCUCUCUACCACCCUCCCCAAGCACAAGGCCGAUGAGAAAGAGCCUGUCCUCAACAAAGUCUCCCGCCAUGUCACCCAACCCAUCUCCCAGGGUGCGUCCCAGGCCAUGCUCUACGCCACCGGUCUCACCGAGGCCGACAUGAACAAGGCCCAGGUCGGUAUCUCCUCCGUCUGGUACAAUGGCAACCCCUGCAACAUGCACCUCCUCGACCUCAACAACCGUGUGCGGGAGGGUGUCCAGAAGGCUGGCCUGGUCGGGUUCCAGUUCAACACCGUCGGAGUCAGCGACGCGAUCAGCAUGGGUACCUCCGGUAUGCGCUUCUCGCUGCAGAGCCGUGAUCUCAUUGCCGACUCCAUUGAGACUGUCAUGGGUGGUCAGUGGUACGACGCCAACAUCAGUAUCCCUGGUUGCGACAAGAACAUGCCCGGUGUCCUGAUGGCCAUGGGCAGAGUCAACCGUCCCAGUCUGAUGGUUUACGGUGGUUCCAUUAAGCCCGGCUGCGCUUCGAUGCAGAACAACGCCGAUAUCGAUAUCGUCUCCGCCUUCCAGGCGUACGGUCAGUUCAUCAGCGGAGAGAUCACCGAGCCCCAGCGUUUCGACAUCAUCCGCAACGCCUGCCCCGGAGGUGGCGCGUGCGGUGGUAUGUACACCGCCAACACCAUGGCCACCGCCAUCGAGGUCAUGGGUAUGACCCUUCCUGGUUCCUCCUCCAACCCCGCCGAGUCGGCGGCCAAGAACAUCGAGUGUCUGGCGGCCGGUGAGGCCAUCAAGAAGCUUCUGGUGGAAGACAUCCGUCCCUCCGAUAUCCUGACUCGCCAGGCCUUCGAGAAUGCCAUGAUUGUUGUGAACAUUACCGGUGGUUCGACCAAUGCGGUGCUGCACCUUAUCGCCAUUGCCGAUUCGGUCGGCAUCAAGCUAGAUAUUGAGGACUUCCAGAAGGUCUCGGACCGUGUGCCGUUCCUGGCUGACCUCAAGCCUUCCGGCAAGUACGUCAUGGCGGACCUGCACAAGAUCGGUGGUACUCCUUCUCUGCUCAAGUUCCUGCUUAAGGAGGGCCUGAUCGAUGGCUCUGGUAUGACCGUCACCGGUCAGACCCUGGCCAAGAACCUGGAGAACGUGCCGGACUUCCCCGAGGACCAGAAGAUCAUCCGUCCUCUGUCUAACCCCAUCAAGGAGACCGGUCACAUCCAGAUUCUCCGUGGCUCUCUGGCCCCUGGCGGUAGUGUCGGUAAGAUCACUGGUAAGGAGGGUACCGUUUUCACCGGUAAGGCUCGCGUCUUCGACCACGAGGACGACUUCAUCGCUGCGCUCGAGCGCAAGGAGAUCAAGAAGGAGGAGAAGACGGUCGUUGUCAUCCGUUAUACUGGACCCAAGGGUGGUCCGGGUAUGCCUGAAAUGCUGAAGCCUUCUUCUGCCCUCAUGGGCGCCGGUCUGGGCGGCUCCUGCGCUCUGAUCACCGACGGACGUUUCUCCGGCGGCUCUCACGGAUUCCUGAUCGGACAUAUCGUCCCCGAGGCUGCUGUCGGUGGACCGAUUGGUCUGGUUAAGGACGGCGAUGUGAUCACCAUCGACGCCGUCAAGCGUGUGCUGGAUCUGGACGUUGACGAGACCACUCUGGCCGAGAGAAGAAAGCAGUGGGAGGCCGACAAGGAGGCUGGCCGUCUCCCUCCUACCGGUCUGACUCUGCGUGGUACCCUGGGCAAGUAUGCUAGAAAUGUCAAGGAUGCCAGCCACGGCUGCAUCACCGAUGCUCUUGACUAA